AUGAAGAUUGAAAACCGCACCUUUCUCAUCUCCGGAGGGGCCUCCGGCUUGGGCAAAGCAUGCGCUCUUGAACUGGUCAAAAACGGCGCCAACGUCGCCAUUCUCGACAUGAACGAGGAUGGCCACGACGUAGUCAAGGAGAUUGGAUCGUCUGCCAAGUUCUUCGUCUGCGACGUCUUGAACACGGAGAGCAUCACCAAGGCUGUCCAGGGCGCAGCCGAGUGGGCCAAGGCAUCAAACAAGCCCAUUGGAGGUGUUAUUCCUGCCGCCGGCGUCUCUACUCCUGCCACAAUCCUCGAUCGAAAUGGCGACCCCUUCAGCAUGGACGAUGUCGAUUUUGUUCUUGGCGUCAACUUGCGCGGCACACUAGAUCUCGUCCGUCAGGGUACUGCUGAAAUCGCCAAAACUGAAGAAGGACCCGACGGAGAGCGCGGCAUCGUCAUCAUGGUUGCCAGUUCUGCGGCGUUUGACGGGCAAAAGGGCCAAAUCUCGUACUCUGCUAGCAAGGGUGCCGUUGCAGCCAUGACUUUGCCCAUGGCUAGAGAUCUUGCUCGAUUUGGCAUUAGAGUUGUGACGAUUGCGCCUUCAUUGUUUGAGACGCGAAUGACGAGCAUGAUGAGCGGCAAGGUGAGGAAGUCACUUGAGGCGACGUUUGAGUUCCCCAAGAGGUCGGGUCAGCCGGAGGAGUUUGCUGGCCUGGUGAAGCAUUCUAUUGAGAAUAUUAUGCUCAAUGGUACUGUGAUUAGAUUGGAUGGUGGUUCAAGACCGAGCAAGAUCUAG